CCGAACGUACCGCACGGAACUUCCGCCCGUUUCUGGUCUUGUGUGUGGUGUAAGUGGUGUUUUAGGGAGUUUUGUUUGAAGUAGUGGGUUGGUUUACCCGCUGUACUUAAAAUGUCAGCAUAUAAGCGGGUACAGCAAUGGAAUACAUUUGCUCGGGUCUGGCAUUUAUAUGAUGCCACAUGGCAAAAUCCAUUUGAAUCUGCCCAAAGAAUAAUAAAGUUUCUUAAGGGUUUGCACAAACCAAUAUAUCAUCCUCUCAAUGAUUGUGGUGAUCAUGUGGUGGUGAUAAAUAGUAGGGACAUUGCUAUGCCAGGUGAUGAAUGGCGGCAACGAGUUUACUUCCAUCACACGGGGUAUCCAGGUGGCGCUACAUGGACACCGGCAUGGGAAGUUCAUGAUAAAGAUCCUACAAUGAUUGUAAAGAAGGCUGUUUAUACGGGUAUGGAUGGAAAUCUUCAGCGCCGGUACACUAUGCAAAGGCUCCAUAUCUACCCUGAUGAUAAAGUUCCUGAAAAUAUCAAGCGAAACAUCACAAAUCAGCUCAGGCAGUUGCGCCCAGUUCCAAAGCGACUUGACCAUUAUGCUCCUGAAGAGGUGCAGCAGUUUCCAAAGGUUAUGGAUUGGCCAAAAGAUUAUGUCUUACGUUGACAGUCUGAAUAUUAGUAACAUAAAUGCCUUUAUUGGGAAGUUAUUUUACUUAAAGCCACUUCACUGUUUUGUCAUAGAAAUACAGGGUGGUGAAUUAUGAAAGUGUUCCAUGUUAUAAGCUGUAUUGCUGUAUGUCAUAGUGGUAGUAGAUGAAUGUUGAAUACUUCACUAUUUUUGUAGCAUGAGCUAUGGAAGUUGUAAAUACAAAUGUGUAUCGUGUGUGUAUGAUUCAGAAAUUUGGCAGUUCAUUUCUUAUGAAUUAUUUAACAGCAUCCUUUCAAAGUUUCACCUCUAGAAAUUAAUUUAUGGUUGUAAAUUUCUUAAUCAUAUAAAAUAAAUAUGCUGAUUCUAGUUGUCUUGUGUCUAGGGUGUAUAUGAUUUCAUACAGCUUCAAGACUGGGAUCACAGGAUUGACUCCCACUUAUAGCAUGUUUAUCAUUCUGUUUUCUAAUUUGACUCUCAAUAAAAUGUGUGCCCAACAGUUUCAUUAACAAAAUAUGAUAACUAAAAGAGACAAAAAGCAGUAUCA